AUGGCUGAGUUGGAGCUUCCUUCCCGAUUGUUCGCCGAUAGAGAGGAACCUGCUGGUGACAGAGUGAAUAUGUACUUUAAGCUCAACACGAUCAAGGCUGUGCUCAAAGCCCUUACGCCUGAAGAACUUGAUACCAUUAGGCCGGAGUUUGGUUUGGUCACUGGCCUAAAUUGCCAGCCUCUUCCAGCCCUGGAUAGAGCUUUAACCAAGUGUCCUCCCGGCGUCACUCCCUACUGGUUCACUCUGUUUGGUGGUGAAGAAUGUUUCACCGGAGAGAUGUUGUUGGGCAAGCUGCGAAGGCCAAAGGCACUGUCUAGUGAAGUGAGAGUCAAGUAUGCCUGUUUGUUGCUUGUUGAUGGUUUUCUCUGUCGCCGAUCAUUCCACAUGAAGAUUCCUAAGGAGCAUGUGGAGAUGAUUCGUGAUCUUGAUGUCUUUUUGAAAUACCCGUGGGGGCGCUACAGUUUCGAUAUGACAAUGCAAUGCAUUAAGUCAAGAUCUCUCAAUCAAUUAGCUCAAGCAACUGUGGCUAUCCAAGGUUUCAUCCAUGCACUUUGUCUGGUUUUGGUGGAGGCGGUCCCAGCUGUUUUGUCUGCUGUUGGUGAAAUAACUAACCCCGAGUCUGGGGAUGAAGAUGUUUUCCCAGUUAUUUCACUAAAACUGGAUAAGGUUUGGGACCUCGACAAAGAUUCCAAGGUUGAUGUCUUCUCUAUAAUACCUGCGCCCCACGAUGUUGUUGGUUUAGAAGAUUGUAGUUGGGCUGAUGAGGUCCGUGACCCAGGUGUUGAAGUUAUUCUUUCUAAAAUUGAAGAGGGAUGCGAAUUCAACCGAGGGAUGUUUGUAGGGGGACUUAGAGGCGCUGUUUUGCAUGUUGAGGCUCCUCCUCGGGUUGUUAACAAAGGUAAACGCAAAGUUCGGUCCAGGCAUAGUGGUGAACAUCUGGUCAGAGGUGGAUCCUCUAGGGACAAGAAAUUGAAGGUUCGUAGUGGUAAGGGGAAGCAUGUCCUGUCUGACCCUAAUACUUCCCUUCUUGGGGCUCUUAGAAAUGAAAUUGAGGCUGGUCUGAAGGAUGCUCGUGGUGAUGUAUAUGCUCAUGUUUGUGUUGACUUGAAAGAAAUGGAGUUGAGGUUGGAGAGGAGUAUGAAACGAAGUAUUUUCUCUGCAGUUGCUGAGGCUCUCAGUUCUAUGGAAAUUGUAAAGAGUGUUGUUACUGAGGUUGGGGUUGGUACUUCUGAUCCUUACAGCCAGCCUCCCGCUAAUGGUGCAUCUAACCCUGUCAAUCCUGCUAAAGUUGCAUCUAUCCUCGUUAAUCCUGCUGAUGGUGCAUCAUCUCCUGUCAAUCCAGCUGCAACCGCCAACUUGAAUGGUGAAUCUGAAGAGGCUGAAGAUUCUUCCUCUGCGAGUGAGGAUUCCACUAAGUCUCAGGCAUCGGGAGGUACUAUUGAUGGGGAAGGCGGCAGUGUUCCUGAGGCUGCAUUUGAAUCUGAUGGUACUCCUAGCUCGGAGAAGUUCAAGAAGCUAGUUGAGCUACUUGAGCCAAGAUUUGACUUUGAGUAUGGUGGAGGAAUUGUUUUGAAGGAGAGUGAAUUGCGUCUGGUUGCUAGUAGCAUACCCCCUGAUAAUCCCCAGGUUAUGGAUGCUUGUGUCUCUGUAAUGAGAGAAUCUGUCUUCAUUAACACUGAUCCAGCAGGCGUCCCUAGAGCUGAUAUGCUGACAAGCCAUUUCCAUGGUUCUCUUGCUGUUAUGUUCUCUAAAUUCAAGAAGUGUAGGCGCAAAGAGAGUUUUGAAUUUGAUGAAGAUCUGUUGAGCUCAAUAACUCACAGAUUUAGCAGCACUGGAAGGAAAUGGCUUGAAGCCAUAGAUUACCUCUACUCUCCUUUCAACAUUGACAAGAACCGCUGGAUUGCUGUCAUGGUGGACCUGCCCUCGCAUUCACUCUCUGUUUUCGAUUCUACUGCUAAUGCCCUUCGUGGAUCCAGACUUAAACCUGAACUGGAGUUCUUAUGUGAGAUGUUUCCCUAUUUGGUUCGUAAGAUUGGUGCGAACGAUCUGAUGAUAAAUUACCCGUUGUCUCCGUUGUCUUUCACUCGCCACACCCGCGUUACACAAGCUUCAGACCGCGCAAACACCGGUAUGCUUUCCCUUCUUUUUAUGGAGGCGCAUGCAUUUGGUGGUUUCGAUAAGGUUUGUCAAGUCUCAGAGGCUGGUCUUCGUCAGCGAGCAGAGCAGCUAGCUGUUCAGUUAUAUGAGCAUUGCUGUGGCGAUAUCGAAGUAUGAAAAGGCUAUGUCUU